CAUUUUAUGGUAGAAACCCGAACCUAACUGAACUAGAACGGAAGGCUUUACGUUUACGUGUAUUUUGUGAAGGUUUUGGGUGCACUGAAGACAAAAAGCAAUGAACAGCGCCAAGUGAAACGAGAGCAGCAAAGAUGCAACAUUGAUAUCGGAUUGAGGGAUUUAACAUCGGAUCAAGAACUCAGGAACAGAAAGCAGUUACUAGACCAGAUUUUUACACCUUGGGGAAAAAGCAGAAUUAACCUAUCUCUGCGGUGACUAAAGGGGAAUAAUGGUGAUUUUGCGCCGGGCUCGGCCGCCUGCUUCCGCCCCGACCAGCAAUGAAUCUUGACUCGCUUUCGCUGGCUUUGUCUCAAAUCAGCUAUCUGGUGGACAAUUUAACUAAGAAAAACUAUAGAGCCAGCCAGCAGGAAAUACAGCAUAUUGUGAAUCGACACGGCCCUGAGGCAGACAGGCAUUUGUUACGCUGUCUCUUCUCCCAUGUGGAUUUCAGUGGCGAUGGUAAAAGCAGUGGUAAAGACUUUCAUCAGACGCAGUUUCUGAUCCAGGAGUGUGCAUCUCUAAUUACCAAACCAAAUUUCAUCUCAACACUUUGUUACGCCAUUGACAAUCCUUUACAUUAUCAGAAGAGUUUAAAGCCGACACCCCAUUUGUUUGCUCAGUUGAGUAAAGUACUCAAAUUAAGCAAGGUCCAGGAGGUGAUUUUUGGCCUUGCCUUGUUGAAUUCAUCCAGCUCGGACCUAAGAGGAUUUGCUUCCCAAUUUGUGAAACAGAAGCUCCCCGAUCUCCUGCGCUCUUACGUGGACGCAGACCUCGGGGUUAACCAGGAAGGUGGAUUCCAAGAUAUUGCUAUAGAGGUCCUUCACCUGCUCCUCUCCCAUCUCCUCUUUGGACAGACGGGAGCCUGUGGGGUUGGACAGGAGCAGAUUGACGCUUUUCUUAAAACUCUGUGCCGAGAUUUCCCGCAGGAACGCUGUCCUGUGGUGCUUGCACCACUGCUCUACCCUGAAAAACGGGACAUUCUGAUGGAUAGGAUUCUGCCAGACUCUGGAGGCAUAGCAAAGACGAUGAUGGAGAGCUCUCUUGCAGAGUUUAUGCAAGAAGUUGGCUAUGGCUUUUGUGCAAGUGUCGAUGAGUGCCGCAACAUCAUCCUGCAGUUUGGGGUGCGUGAAGUCACAGCCAGCCAGGUAGCCCGUGUCUUGGGGAUGAUGGCUCGUACCCAUUCUGGAUUGUCAGAUGGUAUUCCUCUGCAGUCAAUCUCUGCUCCAGGCAGUGGAAUAUGGAGUGAUGGCAAGGACAAGAGCGAUGGGUCCCAAGCCCACACCUGGAAUGUGGAAGUUUUGAUUGAUGUUGUCAAAGAAGUAAACCCUAAUUUGAACUUCAAGGAAGUGACCUAUGAGUUAGACCACCCUGGGUUCAUCAUCCGUGACAGCAAGGGAUUACAGAUCGUAGUGUAUGGCAUUCAGAGAGGCUUGGGCAUGGAGGUCUUCCCUGUGGAUCUUAUCUACAGGCCCUGGAAGCAUGCAGAGGGACAAUUAUCAUUUAUACAGCAUUCACUCCUGAACCCAGAUGUCUUCUGUUUUGCGGAUUACCCGUGCCAUACUGUUGCCAUUGACAUUCUGAAGGCACCACCAGAAGAUGAUAAUCGUGAGAUAGCAACAUGGAAGAGCCUGGAUCUAGUGGAGAGCCUGUUGCGUCUGUCUGAGGUGGGGCAGUACGAGCAGGUGAAGCAGCUCUUCAGCUUCCCCAUCAAACAUUGCCCCGACAUGCUUGUGCUGGCGCUGCUGCAGAUUAGCACCUCCUGGCACACUCUGCGCCAUGAGCUCAUCUCCACCCUCAUGCCAAUAUUUCUGGGCAACCACCCCAAUUCUGCCAUCAUUUUGCACUACGCGUGGCACGGACAGGGUCAGUCUCCCUCAAUCCGGCAAUUGAUCAUGCACUCAAUGGCUGAAUGGUACAUGAGAGGGGAGCAGUAUGACCAGGCCAAGCUCUCCCGUAUCCUUGAUGUGGCUCAGGACUUGAAGUCUCUUUCGAUGCUGCUAAAUGGUACUCCAUUUGCCUUUGUUAUUGACCUUGCUGCACUUGCAUCUCGCCGUGAAUACCUCAAACUUGACAAAUGGCUGACUGACAAAAUCAGAGAGCAUGGGGAACCCUUUAUCCAGGCUUGUGUGACAUUCUUGAAAAGGCGUUGUCCUUCCAUUAUGGGCAGCUUGGCACCUGAGAAGGACCAACCCAAGAGUGCUCAGCUUCCUCCUGAAACGCUUGCUACUAUGUUGGCCUGUUUGCAGUCUUGCGCAGGGAGUGUGUCUCAAGAGCUGUCUGAAACAAUCCUAACCAUGGUAGCCAACUGUAGCAAUGUUAUGAACAAAGCACGACAGCCACCGCCUGGCGUGAUGCCAAAGGGACGUGCUCCAAGUACUAGUAGCCUGGACGCCAUUUCCCCUGUUCAGAUGGACCCUUUGCCUGCCAUGAGCUCUCUGAGCCUAGGGAGCUCUGGUGCCUCACACACACAGAGCAUGCAAGGCUUCCCCACCCCCUUAGGCUCUGCUUUCAGCAACCCUCAGUCUCCUGCAAAGGCCUUUCCAGCUCUGUCCACCCCCAACCCUUCCACUCCAUUUGGGGGCAUUGGAAGCCUCUCUUCACAGCUCCCAGGUCCUCUAGGCACUGGUAGUCUGACUGGUAUCGCUUCUGGGAUUGGCAUGCCAGCUGUCAGCAAUGACCCAUUUGGGACUAGAAAGAUGAGCACACCAGGACUGAACCCCCCUACCUUUCAGCAGAGUAAGAUGAAGGCCUCUGACCUCUCUCAGGUAUGGCCUGAGGCGAAUCAGCACUUUAGCAAGGAGAUUGAUGAUGAGGCCAACAGCUAUUUCCAGCGAAUUUACAACCACCCUCCACAUCCAACCAUGUCUGUUGAUGAGGUUUUGGAGAUGUUGCAGAGAUUCAAGGAUUCUAACAUCAAACGGGAACGUGAGGUUUUCAACUGCAUGUUGAGGAACCUGUUUGAGGAAUAUCGCUUCUUUCCUCAGUACCCUGACAAGGAGUUGCACAUCACCGCCUGUCUGUUUGGUGGCAUUAUCGAGAAAGGCCUGGUCACCUAUAUGGCCCUGGGCCUGGCCUUGCGCUAUGUUCUUGAAGCCUUAAGAAAACCUUUUGGCUCCAAAAUGUACUAUUUUGGCAUAGCCGCACUAGACAGAUUUAAAAAUAGGCUGAAGGACUAUCCACAGUAUUGUCAACAUUUGGCUUCAAUUGCUCACUUUCUUCAGUUUCCUCAUCAUUUACAGGAGUAUAUUGAGUAUGGCCAACAGUCACGAGACCCUCCUGUCAAGAUGCAAGGAACCAUUACCACACCAGGCAGCCUUGCUCUUGCUCAAGCCCAGGCUCAGUCACAGGUGCCCCCCAAAGCUUCCUUGCCUGGACAGGCUAGCACCAUGGUAACUACAUCUACCACAACCACUGUUGCUAAGACCACUACCAUCACACGGCCCACUGCUAUCAGCUUCAAGAAGGAUGUGCCAGUGAGUAUCGGUAACACCAGGGAAAUCGGGCCCUCUAUAAACACAACCAAUAUUGACACACUGCUAGUGGCUACAGACCUAACAGAAAGAAUUGUGGAACCCCCUGAAAAUGUCCAAGAAAAAAUUGCUUUCAUAUUUAACAACUUGUCACAGUCCAACAUGGCCCAGAAGGUUGAGGAGUUGAAGGAGACUGUGAAGGAGGAGUUUAUGCCCUGGGUGUCUCAGUACCUUGUCAUGAAGAGGGUCAGCAUCGAGCCAAACUUCCAUAGCCUCUACUCCAACUUCUUGGACACCUUGAAAAAUCCUGAGUUCUCCAAAAUGGUCCUUAAUGAAACUUACAGAAACAUUAAGGUUUUAUUGACUUCUGAUAAGGCAGCAGCUAAUUUCUCAGACAGAUCUUUGUUGAAGAAUUUGGGUCAUUGGCUUGGCAUGAUCACUUUGGCCAAAAACAAACCAAUCUUGUAUACGGAUCUGGAAUUAAAGUCAUUGUUGUUGGAAGCUUAUGUGAAGGGACAGCAGGAGUUACUCUAUGUGGUCCCUUUUGUUGCCAAAGUCUUGGAAUCCAGCCUCAGAAGCGUGAUUUUUAGACCCCAGAAUCCAUGGACCAUGGCCAUCAUGAAUGUACUGGCAGAACUGCACCAAGAACAUGAUUUGAAGCUAAACUUGAAGUUUGAAAUUGAAGUGCUGUGUAAGAACUUAUCACUAGACAUCAAUGACCUUAAGCCUGGGAAUCUGCUGAAAGACAAAGAAAAGCUGAAGAACUUGGAAGAGCAGCUGUCUGCACCAAAGAAAGAAGCCAAACCACCUGAAGAAAUGCUGCCCAUAGUUACAACAGCUGCACCCUCCACUCCUGCUACAGCUACAACAUGCACAGCCACAGGCCCCCCUGCUCCUCAGUUCAGUUACCAUGAUAUCAAUGUGUACUCCCUGGCGGGACUGGCUCCUCACAUCAACAUCAAUGCCAAUAUCCCCCUGCUGCAGGCCCAUCCCCAGCUCAAGCAGUGUGUGAGGCAGUCCAUUGAGCGUGCAGUCCAGGAACUUGUGCACCCGGUGGUAGACCGGUCCAUUAAAAUUGCCAUGACAACCUGUGAGCAGAUUGUCAGGAAAGACUUUGCCCUGGACUCAGAGGAGUCACGCAUGCGAGUGGCAGCUCACCACAUGAUGCGCAACCUGACAGCUGGCAUGGCCAUGAUAACCUGCAGGGAGCCACUGCUUGUGAGCAUUGCCAACAACUUGAAGAACAGCUUUGCUGCAGCCCUGCGGGCUCCAACCCAACAACAGAGGGAGAUGAUGGAUGAUGCAGCUACUCGGAUCGCACAGGACAACUGUGAGCUUGCCUGCUGUUUCAUCCAGAAGACAGCUGUGGAAAAAGCAGGGCCAGAGAUGGACAAGAGGCUCGCUACCGAAUUUGAGCUGAGGAAGCAUGCUCGACAGGAGGGCCGUCGUUACUGUGACCCAGUGGUGUUGACAUACCAGGCAGAGCGAAUGCCAGAACAGAUCCGACUGAAGGUUGGAGGUGUGGACCCUAAACAGCUGGCAGUUUAUGAAGAAUUUGCCCGCAAUGUUCCUGGCUUCCUGCCCAGCAAUGACCUGUCUCAGCCAACUGGCUUCCUUGCUCAGCCUAUGAAGCAGCCAGCAUGGGCCACAGAUGAUGUGGCACAAAUUUAUGACAAGUGCAUAGCAGAUCUGGAGCAGCACCUGCAUGCCAUUCCCCCGGCACUGACGAUGAACCCACAAGCUCAGGCUCUGCGCAGCUUGCUAGAGUCUGUGGUGCUGGCGAGGAACUCCCGAGAUGGCAUUGCUGCAUUGGGGCUUCUGCAGAAGGCUGUGGAGGGCCUGCUGGAUGCCACCAGUGGUGCUGAUGCAGACCUUCUGCUGCGCUAUCGAGAGUGCCACUUGCUUGUACUCAAGGCUCUACAGGAUGGGCGUGCUUAUGGCCCCCAGUGGUGCAACAAGCAGGUUACCAGGUGCCUGAUCGAGUGCAGAGAUGAAUACAAGUACAACGUUGAGGCUGUUGAGCUUCUCAUCAGGAACCACCUGGUCAACAUGCAGCAAUAUGACCUACACCUAGCUCAGUCUAUGGAAAAUGGGCUGCACUACAUGGCUGUGGCAUUUGCUAUGCAGCUGGUGAAGCUGCUGUUGGUGGAUGAGCGCAGCGUGAGCCAUAUCACAGAGGCUGACCUCUUCCACACCAUUGAGACACUCAUGAGGACCAGCGCACACUCAAGGGCCAAUGCCCCUGAGGGGCUGCCUCAGCUGAUGGAGGUGGUUCGCUCAAACUAUGAGGCCAUGAUUGACCGUGCCCAUGGAGGACCUAACUUCAUGAUGCACUCUGGGAUCUCCCAGGCAUCUGAGUAUGAUGACCCACCAGGCCUGCGAGAGAAGGCAGAGUACCUGCUGAGGGAAUGGGUCAAUCUCUACCACUCGGCUGCUGCUGGCCGUGACAGUACCAAGGCCUUUUCCGCUUUUGUGGGACAGAUGCAUCAGCAGGGCAUCCUGAAGACAGACGACCUGAUCACACGUUUUUUCCGGCUCUGCACGGAGAUGUGUGUGGAGAUCAGUUACCGUGCCCAGGCUGAACAGCAGCACAACCCAGCUGCCAGCGCUGCCAUCAUCCGUGCCAAGUGCUAUCACAACCUGGAUGCCUUUGUACGGCUUAUUGCCUUGCUGGUUAAGCACUCUGGAGAAGCCACUAACACAGUCACCAAGAUAAAUCUUCUCAACAAGGUUCUGGGCAUAGUGGUGGGAGUCCUGAUUCAGGACCAUGAUGUUCGUCAGACAGAGUUCCAGCAAUUGCCUUACCACCGCAUAUUCAUCAUGCUUCUGUUGGAGCUCAAUGCACCUGAGCAUGUUUUGGAGACCAUCAAUUUCCAGACCCUUACUGCCUUCUGCAACACUUUUCAUAUUCUGAGGCCUACAAAAGCUCCUGGGUUUGUUUAUGCAUGGUUGGAAUUGAUCUCACACCGCAUAUUCAUCGCUAGGAUGUUGGCUCAUACCCCGCAACAGAAGGGUUGGCCAAUGUAUGCCCAGCUGUUGAUUGACCUUUUCAAGUACCUAGCCCCCUUCUUGAGGAAUGUUGAACUCAACAAACCUAUGCAAAUUCUCUACAAGGGCACACUGCGUGUACUUCUGGUUCUCCUUCAUGACUUCCCAGAAUUCCUCUGUGAUUACCACUAUGGCUUCUGUGAUGUAAUCCCACCCAACUGCAUUCAGCUCCGCAACCUGAUCCUCAGUGCCUUUCCACGCAACAUGAGGCUCCCUGACCCUUUCACCCCUAACCUGAAGGUGGAUAUGCUCAGUGAAAUCAACAUUGCUCCCCGCAUUCUUACAAAUUUCACUGGAGUCAUGCCAUCUCAGUUUAAGAAGGAUCUGGACUCUUACCUGAAGACUCGUUCUCCUGUCACAUUUUUGUCUGAGCUCCGCAGCAACCUACAGGUAUCAAAUGAGCCAGGGAAUCGUUACAAUAUUCAGCUGAUCAAUGCAUUGGUGCUGUAUGUGGGGACUCAAGCCAUUGCUCACAUCCACCAUAAGGGUAGUACACCCUCCAUGAGUACCAUCACCCACUCAGCACACAUGGACAUCUUCCAGAACCUAGCUGUAGAUCUGGACACUGAAGGUCGAUACCUGUUUCUCAAUGCUAUUGCCAAUCAGCUGCGUUACCCUAACAGCCACACCCACUACUUCAGUUGUACCAUGCUGUAUCUGUUUGCUGAAGCCAAUACAGAAGCUAUUCAGGAGCAAAUUACAAGGGUCCUCCUGGAGCGUCUAAUUGUAAACAGACCACAUCCAUGGGGUCUGCUUAUCACUUUCAUUGAGCUCAUCAAGAAUCCAGCCUUCAAGUUCUGGAACCAUGAUUUUGUGCACUGUGCACCAGAGAUAGAGAAGCUUUUCCAGUCAGUGGCACAGUGCUGCAUGGGGCAGAAACAAGCACAGCAGGUCAUGGAGGGCACUGGUACCAGUUAGUUGUGUUGACUUCCACCAGGGUUCACCCCCGGCCUCAACACACCUUUCCCAGUGGACAACCCAGUGUACAAACCCCCCUUGCCCAACACACCCACGAGGACAUCUCUGUAGCCCGAAGAGUACACCAGGAUUAAGAGGAUGUGUCUGGCAGUGUCAUCUUGUGGAUUUUUGUUUAACAAGAAAAGAUUGGAUCUGCUGUGAAUAUAAUUGUGAAACUAAUGUAAAUAGGAGUGCAGUCUCUCAGAACUGGACUAAGAUGGUGAAGCUGAGACGUCAGACACAUUCAGUGUAAGAAAGGCAGCUGCUGACGCACAGCUCCGGGGUUUUGUUUAGGUGGCCCCACCCCAUCUUGUGCAAGGGGAUGCCUUUGUCCCCCCUUGUUUCCCCUCCCUCUCCAGUCAAGAUGUUUUCAUAAGAUUGUGUUAUGGCUUCAUAUAAGUUCAUCCUGAUUUUGUGUUAUGGGGAAGAAAUGUAAUUAACUGGGGUGGGGAGUGGAGUAUGAGAGAGACUGCAGUUCACUCUAUUCCUGUAAUGAAGGGUUUGUUCCAGACUUGGUGAGGUGACAGGGUGGCGAAGGCCUGUAAAACUGAAACUGGAGUGUGGUUUCUCCCUGAUGCUUGUAAUUUUGUGGAAAACAAAUUUCAGAUUAGUUAUAUGCAUUUUAAGUUUGUAUAAAGAUCCAGAAUUACAAAAUGACAACAAAUAAGGACCAAUGCAGAUAAUUUUGUAAGGUUUUUGAAUGUUUUGUAAAUGUAUUGGUCCAUGUGUUGUAUUUUGUAGUACUUUAGUUUUGCCUUUAGUUCUUGCCACUUAUUUCCUGUAUGUAUGCAUAUUGUAGUUAAUGCAUUAAAUGUCUUGAGCUGCA